GCUAUUCAAAGCCCCGGCUGUCUGAAGGAGAUAGUCCCUGCUCAGGACGUGUGGAAGUAAGACAUGGCGAAACAUGGGCGACACUAUGUGAUGCACACUUUGAUCUCAAAGCUGCCAGUGUUAUCUGUAAUGAAUUAGAGUGUGGAACAGUUCAGUCUAUCCCAGGAGGAGCUCACUUUGGAGAAGGACAUGGGCUGAUCUUGACUGAGGAAUUCCAUUGUGCAGGGAAUGAGUCACACCUGGCAUACUGUCACAAGAUAGCACAUGGGAAUCAGACGUGCUCACAUGCGGAUGAUGCCAGUGUCAUAUGCUCAUGGCUCACAGGGUUCCGGCUGGUGAACGGCAGCACAGCCUGCUCCGGGAGGGUGGAGAUCCAGGAGUUUGGUGCCUGGGGAACCCUCUGUGACUCGCACUGGGAUCUAUCAGAUGCCAACGUUCUCUGUCAUCAGCUUGACUGCGGAUUCGCUGUGUCCGUGCCAGGAGGAGGGCACUUUGGGAAGGGAACCGGCUCUGUCUGGCCAGAGACAUUUCACUGUAAAGGGACUGAACCCCAUUUGUGGCACUGCCCUGUCACUGCCCUGGGGGCCUCUCCGUGCUCACACGACAGUGAUGCCAGUGUGGUUUGCUCAGGUCUCUCUGGGGCACUACAGCUGCUGAAUGGAGAAGGCCGGUGCGAUGGCAGAGUGGAGAUUUCCCUCCGUGGUGUAUGGAGCCAGGUGCUGGAUGACCAGUGGGACAUGAACGAUGCCAGUGUGGUCUGCAGGCAGCUCCAGUGUGGAGAGGCUGAGAGAGCUUAUAACCCCCCUUCGUCUGAGCAAGGGACAGGCCCCGUGGGGCUGAGAAGGGUCCAGUGUGCAGGGAACGAGACUCGUCUGGCUGGCUGUGACAUCUCCACAUCUGAGACGGCUCAGGAAGGAAUUGCUGAGGCUGUCGGUGUUGUUUGCUCAGGGAGCAGGCAGAUCAGACUGAUGAAUGGGCCAGGUCGCUGUGCCGGGAGAGUGGAGAUUUAUUACAAUGGCACCUGGGGGACAGUUUGUGAUGAUUUCUGGGACCUGACAGACUCCAAUGUUGUUUGCAAGCAGCUGGGAUGUGGACAUGCCAUCAAUGCAACUGUUUCUGCUUAUUAUGGACAAGGAUCAGGCCAGAUCUGGUUGGAUGAUGUGAACUGUACUGGGAAUGAAUCCAAUCUCUGGGCCUGUCCUUCUGCAGGCUGGGACCAGCACAACUGCAGACACAAGGAGGAUGCAGGAGUUCUCUGCUCAGGGCUCACAGAUCUGAGGCUGGUGAAUGGCAGUGACUGUGCUGGGCGUCUGGAAGUUUUCUACAAUGGGACAUGGGGCAGCGUUUGCAACACUCCUAUGGAUGCAGUUACCAGAGCACUUAUAUGCAAACAGCUAGACUGUGGAGAUAGUGGGACUCUCGUAAGUGAGUUUACAUAUGGAACUGGCUCUGGACAUACCUGGGUGGAUAAUAUUCGAUGCAAUAAGCAGCACAGCUCCCUGUGGCAAUGCCCAUCAGACCCAUGGACUCCAGAGUCAUGUAAGGCCAGAGAACAAGAAACCCACUUAUCAUGUAAAGGUAAAUACUUCACCUUGCAGCCACUGGAUCAUGUUAAGUCUCUUGAAGCCAGAUUAAAAAGCCAUUUCAUCUCAGAAAUCUCCUCAUAUAGAGGGGAUUCAGGGCAAAAAGUGAAACCAACUCAGCCCCAGGUUACUGAAUGCCCGAACUCGACGAGCUGCACAGACAAAGAGAAGUUGCGCCUCGUGGGAGGAGAGGACAGAUGCUCGGGCCGAGUGGAGGUUUGGUACCGUGGCUCCUGGGGCACAGUCUGUGAUGACUCCUGGGACGUGGCAGAUGCUAACGUGGCAUGUAAACAGCUGGGCUGUGGAGCGGCUGUGUCUGCCCUGGGUGAGGCUGCAUUCGGCGAGGGGACUGGACCCAUCUGGGUGGAGACGCUGAAUUGUAGAGGGAGAGAAUCAUCUCUCUGGGACUGUCCUGCCAAGCCCUGGGGUGAUAGCAACUGUGGUCAUAAGGAAGAUGCUGCCGUGAAUUGCUCAGGUGCAACAGAGACAACACCUUCUUCAGCUACAACAGCUCCCCUGGACCACCCUUUGACCGACAGUGGGAGAAUCAUGCUGCCUGUGAUCAUCUGCAUAAUCCUUGGGACCCUGCUCUGUCUGGUCUUAAUCGUGCUGGGUGUGCAAGUACAAAGGGCCAGGGCACAGAUCAGAGGUGCCACAAAAUCCUCAGAUCCUGUGUAUGAGGAAAUUGAUUAUAACCGGAUGGGAGAGAAGCAGAUGUUGAGUCACUCAGUCUCCUAUACAAAAGGUUCAGUGACAAAGCUGCAAUAUUAUACUGGGGACAGUGAGGGGGAAAAUGAUUCCGGAUCAGAACAAGGUGGUUCUCAAUUGGAUUAUGAUAUUGUGGAGGAGCCUGCAUUGAGUGAUGCCCACCAGACUCCAGAUGACCAAGAGGUACCUGCCCCACCUGGAAGUAUCCCAGCAGAUGGUUAUGAUGAUGUCAGAGAUGUUUCUGACCCUGAAAAUAACUGGGGUGCAGAGCAGAAUAUCCAGGAAGUUACUGGGAUCCUUAGGGAGAGUGACAGGAAAAAGGGUUCACAGAAAGAUUGGAGUCUGCAUUCCCUAAGAAGUGAAGGGACCUCAGGGCAUGAGAGAAACUAUGCAUCCCUGCCUCCUGGAGACCCAUGUUAUGAUGAUGUUGAAGCUGGUGUUCCUAAGACAUCAAUAUAAGAAUGACUGAGUUCAGAGCAGCAAUCCUGUGAAGAUAGAAAUGUUGUAUGAUUAGACUCUCUCUCUUCUGAAUGCUCACUGCUCACUGGGCAUCAGAGAUGGUCCCUGCUAUUGAUCUAGUUCACUCAGCUUUUAUAUUGGGCUUUUAGGUAGUUGCAACAAAUACAAGCGUGACUGAGACAGGGUCUGUGAUUUUUCACUGUAAUUUCUCAUUGAUCUGACUGCCGGAAACUUGUCCUGCUUUUUUAGUCCUAUUAUUGCUUCACCGUGGGUUUUUUUCAUAUUAAAUCCUUUUAGAAAGUUUAUUGCAGGAAUGGUGCAUCUCUCACAAGGUGCAUAAGGAGGCUCCCUGGGCUCAGAAGGGAGUGAAAUGGAGAAUGACCCACCAACAAAUAAUAAUUGAAAAGUGUCACCUCUGGGUAUUGCUGGUUGUUCAAUGGGCUGUUAGAUGGAGAACAAACAUUCUGUCAGCCGUGUGGUCAGA